UGUACGCAAGGUCACAGGUCACCGUCAGACAUUGACAUAACACCUGCGUGAAGAAGUUUUCUGAUAUCGCGCUGGAUCGCGAUCAAAAUCUCCGUUUUCAUCAAGAGGAGGAAGACGAACAAUAACUUUAUUCGUGUCUUGUAUCCUGUAGAAUACGUUGAAAAUGAAGCUGGUGGUGUUGAUACCGCUUUUGCUGUGUGUGAUGGGAGUGUAUUGUGACAUGUAUCUGCACAACCCGAGGGGCAGCAACAAUCGGCUUGAUGAGGCGAAAAGGGAGCGAAACAAUGGAAAUAGGUUAUUUGACUCCCAGAAUAACAACCGUGGUGGCUACAAUGUUGGCAGUCUGGCAUACAUGGCUGGAUCAGUGCUGCAAAUUGAAUGGACUAACCAGCACAGCUGUUCGGACCCGAAUUCCAACUGUGAAAUCAUCCUGCAGUACAUGUGUGGGGACUUAGUCCGGGAUGGAUCUACAACCAGUACCAUACCCGAAUGGCCCAGUAACUGUGCAGAGUACGACUGCAAUCAGGACAUUGAGUACGGCAUGCACGAACCCUACGAUCACUACCUCAACUGCAAGCUACGACAACGACAGGCAAAUCUCUUCACUGCUGACCAGAACCUGAAAGGCAACUCUGCCAAGUACACCCGUCAGAACCCAGGGGGUACCAGGAGGGGCUACGAGUGCCCGGAGGAGAGGGACUAUUACCCAUACUGGGGGCCGUCGCCUUGGAGGGACGUUGCAAUCUUGACCAACGAUGCCACGCGGUGCCCUUACUACCAGGCCGAGAGCGCUAACGUCAAGGCUCGCUAUGCCUGCACCCUGCCACGGGAGAUGAUUGAAGAGAACAUGAGCUCACGUCAGCCCAUCAUCCCCAUCACUAAGGAAGAAUGUGAGGCCAUUGUGUAUCCAGCAGAUGCACAGGAUGGCACUGGCACCCGAGGAGUCUGGGCCGAAGUGGCCGCCCACGGCAUCGCGGCACCAGACUGCAGGGAGAGCCACUGGUCACGUGACAAUCACCUCGGCAACGGCAUCUACGGCCAGACGCUGUCGUACAACUGGACCAUUCCAAACAUCGAUCACGAAAGAUGUGUCAUGAGAAUACGGUACAACAUUUCAACAGGUGAAUAUAACGGAUGGUCCGGUAACGUGAAUGCCUCCCUCAAUAAGCAGGGAAAUCAAGAAAGCACAUUGGAUGUCGCAACAAAGUACGGAUUUGCAAAUCUUGAAGCAGGGGAUGAUCGAGGGUAUGUCUUUGAAAACAACCCCGAAGUGGAUGUGUUUGGCAAUGUGGAGGGCACCAACAAUAAAAACUUUGAGCUGCGCCUUGCCAUCAACACGGCUCAACUGGGCAGGACCUUUCAAGACAGGUCCCACACGUUUGCCAUCCGCAAGCGUCCUGCGGAUGUCCCGGCAACUGCCACCAUUCGCAAUCUGAACGUCCGCGGCAAGCGUGGGAACAUCGUGCAGGUCUACCCAGGAGUGGAGUAUGACUUUGUGCCAAACACUAUAGAGACCGUGCCUGGGGAAUACAUCCAUAUUCAAUGGACUGGUUCCAACACCAACCCCAAUAAUAAUGACGGCCAGGGCCUACCGGGUACCGACCGCUCCAAUAUCGUCAUGCUGGAAAGUCCAGCCUACGCGGAGGGCGGGCUGUCAUACUACGCCCCCUACACUAAGAACGGCCAACUGGGCAGGAACUACCCACUCAACCUGGACGAGACAACUUUCCUGGGCUUCAGCCGGGCAGACUUGCAAGAUAUGGCCGUGCUCAGCAGUCAUCAAUUCCGAGGUGAGAUGUCGGAGCUGGAUGACGCAGGAACCUUCUACGAUGCCAAGCCACUGGCCGUCACCAUGACCGGUCACUACCACUACAUGUGCACGCGCAACAACAACUUCUCCAAUCGGAGCCAGAAGGGACGCAUCAUCAGUAAGUCUGAGCCGGUGGCGUACACCUCCAUUGGAUGGACAGGGGGUCAGGUGGAGUCUCAAACUGGAGUUCUGGCCUUCACCCAGGGAACCUUGGAUCACCUUGAAGACAUCAAGAUGGAGGAAUGGAGCCCGGAGCGCGGCCACGAGGCCGUAACGGCCAAAGGCGGUGCAGACAACCUCCCCGGCACUUACUACGAGACCAACUUCGUGGUCAUCACCCCCGUGGAGAAGUUCACCGUGGGCGACCGCAAGUUUGAGGUGCGCAUCAAGCUGCUGGAGUCCAACACGGACAUGAUCGGGGUCUACCGCAGCGACCCGGACAACCUGGUCAACUGGGUGCGGAUGGACGCCAAGACGGAGGGGCAGGAGUUGGUGUUUUCAGUGGACCAGGGCGGGGCCUACGUGGCCCGAGGCACAGUCAGUGGGGGGUUCGUGGCCGGAGUGGUCAUCGCCCUCGUAGUGCUUGUUGUCAUUGUUGGAGGCUCAGUUUUCUACUUUAGGAAGAACCCAGAUAAGUGGGAAAGUAUGACCUCCUCUUGCCGCGGAGCUGGUGGCCGGGUCUAAAAUACCAGUGUAUUGAAAAUCUGGGUAAAAUUGAUGGUGAAGAAUAAUAUCAAAUUGUACCUAUCCACCCUUAAUGGGCUGUAGCAGAGUAAUCAUCAACUUCAACAUUACACCAAACUGAAUGCAAUCCUAGCCUCCUGUGCGAAGUUGUUAUUUUUUCAACUAUUCACUUGCACUGCCAUAUAACCACCUCUUAAAAAUGACCUGCUUCGAUUUGUUCACUUUUCAUAUAAUUAUCAAUCAAUCCUCAUUCUUCACAAAUAGAGCAAAAUAUUUCAAACUAUUCAUUCAUGAUUAAAACGCAACUUAAAACAGCCAGUCAACUGAUUUUUAGAGCUUGUUAUGCCUUGGUGCAAAAAUCGUUUACAGCCUGUUAUGGUUGAUUAGUCCUUCAUGUAAGUCCAAAUAUUUGUCAUCAGUGCAUGCCAAUUUCACGAGCACACCUUAUAUAAUAUUACAAUUCUUUUAUAGUUUCUGGGUGAUUUUGUAUGUGAAGUUAUUUUGUUCCAAGUAGUUUAUAUUAAUGUACAUGUACAAUGUAUAUUUCAUUUAACUUUCACAGCAUUAACAGUUCCAUUUUAUAUAGUGUACAUUUACUCCUUGAAAACUAACAGUAACAUUGCUUGAGGAUAAGAUGUAAAUUGUGUAAUUUUGCCACAAUACCCCACCUCGUCAUGAUAUUCAUAGUCACUUCUAUCAUUAUAUAAAUUUGUGUUGCUCCUCUUUUUCUUGUGCAAAUGGUUUUUAAAGGUAUCGAACCCUCUUUUUUUUUUUAUUUCGUAUCCAAUUAGGAAAAGACUAGGCCAACGUUUUUUAGGAUGUUAUGUUUUUUAUACAAGUAUAAAUAUGUAAACAGCAAGGGAAUUUUGUACCAUCAGAUUUGUACUUUCAGAUUUGUUUUCAGCAGCAUUUUAUGUUUUUGGUGCAUAGUGUUCUUCUUCAUGUUACUCAAACCAUGGAUCCUCUACACAAGGGUAAACAACUCGUCCAAGCUUGUGUACAAAAUGUAUGGAACAGAUUGUCUACAUGCUGAUAUGCCGCGUCCGCGCAUAGAACACGCAUAGAACAUGUAGAACAAUGCGCGAGCGCGCACCCAACAGCUAGCUGGCGCCCUACAUGAAAUCUUGUUGCAGUCGGCACGACGCGCAAGGGCUGUAUCACGCAUGUAACCAGAAAUUUGGAGAAGUCGUUUAUCCUUGUAGUUUUGUCACAUUUAAAUUAUACUUAAGAAGUCUUGAUCAUUUUAUUGUGCAGUUUUAAAUAUCUAGUAAUUUUGUGUAUUAUUUUCCAUGAAGUUCCUUUAAAUUCUUGAAAGCGUCUUUCAUAUUGCAGUACUUCGAGAAUGGAGUUGUUAACACAGAUAUAUAUUUUUAGAAUGAAAAAUUGUUGUAUUGCUGUAUAAUCAAUUGUAACAUUUAGAUAAUGUAUAGUUUUGGUGGCUUAAUACAAUACAUCAUUUUGUAUAUUUGAUCGGGGGCAAAUUUGAAUUUAAUAUAUUUUAAGACAGGUGCAAAACAAAUAGUGAUAUACAUUUCAAUCAAGAAAGUGUCCUUAUAUUUUGUACUCGUGAUCGAUCCGCUGGUCGGAAAAAAAAUCUUGUUCAUCAGAAAGUUCAUAUCUUCACUUAUCAUAUUUGUUUUUGUAUUUUUACUAACCUUUGAUGUUGCAUGGUCACUUUUGUCACUUUUAUUGUACAAACAUGUAGUUUUGUAAUAAAUAAAUAGAACACUAUUCGUACUGAA